AUGAAGUGAGCAACUUUGCACAUACCUCUCCUACUUUGCACCGAGGGGUCCUAAUCGAGCGGCGACGCCAUCUCGUCACAGCUACAUCCAACUCGAAAAGCUCGGAGAAGGCACCGUGAGCUCCCAUGUUCGGGAACUUGACGUGUGCAUACCCCAACUGAUCAUCAGCUCAUCGUGGCUUGAACUCACAGUACGCCACCGUACACAAGGUCGGUCAAGUGCCCCUCGCAAUCCCCGAAUGACGUUCAGCCGCCGGUUCCCCGGGCGACGGGCUAUGGGUUGUCGUGGCUACGGGACAUCGUUUUCGCUGAACCUUUGCCGCCAUUGAUCUCAUAGGGAAGGUCACGUAUCACGAAUGAACUGGUUGCUCUGAAAGAGAUACACCUCGACGCCGAGGAAGGCACUCCCUCGACCGCGAUCCGCGAGAUCAGUCUGAUGAAGGAGCUCAAGCACCCCAACAUUGUUCGCCUGUACGACGUCAUCCACACCGAAGCCAAGCUUAUGCUCGUAUUCGAGUUCAUGGACCUCGACCUCAAAAAAUACAUGGAUUCGCACGGUGACCGAGGCGCGCUCGAGCCCGCCGUCGUCCGUUCCUUCAUGUGGCAGUUGCUCAAGGGCACCGCGUUCUGCCACGACAACCGAGUCCUUCACCGUGAUCUCAAGCCGCAGAAUCUGCUCAUCAACAAGAAGGGCGAGCUCAAACUCGCCGAUUUCGGUCUCGCGCGUGCGUUCGGUAUCCCCGUCAACACGUUUUCCAACGAGGUCGUCACACUGUGGUAUCGCGCACCCGAUGUCUUGUUGGGCUCAAGAACAUACUCGACCAGUAUUGACGUAUGGAGCGCCGGGUGCAUCAUGGCAGAGUGAGUGAUAGAGAAUGCCAAAAAUCUCAAGACCGGCCGCGCGAGGAAAGUUGACCGACGAACGUGCGCUCUCAGGAUGAUCUCGGGUGUACCCCUGUUCCGAGGACGAGACAACAACGAUCAACUGAACCAGAUCUUGCGAAUCCUGGGGACCCCGGAUGAAGCCACACUGCGUCGAAUCGCCUCCGAAUCGGUGAGCCUCGAUGCGUAACAUGCGCUCGGCACCCUCGCUGCGACGCUGAUUUUGGAUGCUCUGCUCGAUUGCAGCCCGAGAUCCAACUUCGACCAUUCCCUCGAUUAAAUAGGGUCCCUUUCGCUUCGCUCUACCCGAAAGCCCACCCCAUUGGUGAGUGAUCAUAAGCUCAAUCAGUCGAGAAGGGUAACAAGACUGGAAGCUUAUGUGGUGACUCCACAGCUCUCGACCUGCUCGACAAGCUGCUCCAAUUUGAUCCCGCUCGUCGUAUCGACUGCACGACUGCGCUUCACCAGUACGUGUACAUUCACACGCGGGAAGGCAUCUCUGGCUGUACUGACGUAGACUCUUCCGUCACACCUCAUAGCCCGUACUUUGGGCAAGCGGCGCAGCAGCAGACGGCGCAGCAACAACAACAGAGCUCAUUACAGCAGCAGCAACAACAACAGGCGCAAGCUCAGGCUCAAGCCCAAGCACAGUCGCAAGCUCAAUACAGGGCUCAACCUGGUGCUUAUGCUGCUCAGGGCUAG